AUGAGGGCCUGCUUAGUAUUCUCUUGUUUGCUGGCAGCAACAUUUGCCCUGUCUGUAACAAGCAAACCUCAUGGAAAACAUCAUGGAUUGCACAAGACUUCACACAAAGCCAAAGAAAAGGAUGUUAUCUCAGAGGAGGCCAACAAGGCACCAAUCUUACCCACUUUAGUCACUUUUGAGGCCAGCAGCCAGGAGCAGGAAGAUGAGGAACUGAGCUCCGAGGACAAUGCUAAUGCUAACAAGAAGGAUGGUGAGAUAGAAAGGAAUGAUAAAAGCUCGGCUGUCCUGCUUAGUGAGGAGGAACUGGUAGACCUCCUGAAGAAGGAGGCAGAAGAAGAGGAAGAGGCAGAAAAAAGAGAGCUGGAAGAAGAUGUGGAUGCAGACAAAGGUGAAAAGGAGUCUGGUGAGGCUGUGGAGAAUAAGGAAGCUGAGGGAGAGGAGAAGAAGUUGGAUGAGAACUUGGAAAUGGAGGAAGACAGCAAAGAAGUGACAGAGGAGGAGGUGAGGGAAGAGAGCAUGGAAGAUGCUGACAUGUUGGAGGAAGAAGAUAAGGUGGUGGAAAAGGUGGAGAAGAUGUCACCCAAGGAAAAGGAGAACGAGUCUGUCAGCAAAAUGGAUGAUGAUGGCAGCACAGACUCAGAGAUCCCAGUCGAUCUUGACUAUGCAGCAGAUAGCGGCAUUUUACAUCCUCUACAGAUUUUUUCAGCUAAGGUAAAACCCCACACUGAUGACGACCAGCCUAUUUCAAAAACAGAUGUUCCAGAUGAUAGAAAGAAAGAAAUCAGUGAGAAAGGACUCAUCCACCCGUCUUCCACCGCAGAUGAUUAUGAACAAGACAUGCAAAACACAGAAGCGAUGGAAAGUGAGGAAUCAUCUGAUCAGGGUAACCUUCAAGAAGGAAAAGACAACAAUGGCAAAGACUCCCAGGCUAAACGUGAAGAAAGGAACAGGGAUAAGAAAGUACCAAAGGUAGACAUGGAGUCUCAAGAACCAAGAAGCAGUACAAACCUUGAAUCCGGGUCACGACUGGCUGGAAAGGAAGAAGAGAAGAGCAAGAAUGACAGCGGAAGUCACACCAAGGGAAAGAAUAGGAAGGAAAAGAAGAACCAGAGGGCGAGGAAGCACUCCCCACAGAGGGAGGAAACAGAACCUGGACAGGAGGAGAGCCAACAGGAUGCGCAGGAGUCUGAGGGCAGCAACAUUGACAAUACAGUCCACAAGGCAAAGAGGAGAAGGGCAGGAAAAUGGGGCCCUUUAGUGGGUAUGAAUCCAGUGCAGAUAAGAGCCACAGUGGAUCUCUACCCAAGUUCCAGACCCUCACUUGGUGGAGGCAUACAUCACCCUGAAGCCCCUGUCGAUCCAUGUGAUAACUUCCGCUGCAAGCGUGGAAAGACAUGUAAACUUGAUGCAAACAAUAAGCCAGGCUGUGUGUGCCAAGAACCGACAGACUGUCCUCCCAGUGUGAACGAAUUUGAUCAUGUUUGUGGAACAGACAACAAAACCUAUGAUACAUCCUGUGAGCUCUUUGCUACUAAAUGCAACCUAGAGGGCACAAAGAAAGGACACAGACUUCAUCUGGACUACACUGGGCCGUGCAAAUUAAUUCCUCUAUGCGUUGACACUGAGCUGAUCCAGUUCCCUCUACGAAUGAGAGAUUGGCUGAAAAAUGUGCUGCUGCAGCUCUAUGAGCAUGACUCCAUGUCUCCUGGCUUCCUCACUCCUAAACAGCGUUUCAGAGUGAAGAAAAUCUUCGAGAGCGAGAGGCGCCUUCAUGCAGGCGAUCAUUCUGUUGAGCUGCUUGCACAGGACUUUGAGAAGAACUACAACAUGUACAUCUACCCAGUGCACUGGCAGUUUGCUCAGCUGGACCAACACCCAUCUGACAGACUCCUGUCCCACUCAGAGCUGGCGCCUCUCAGGGUCCCUCUAGUGCCAAUGGAGCACUGCACCUCCCGCUUCUUCCAGGAGUGUGAUGCUGACAAGGACAAGCAGGUGUCCUUUAAAGAGUGGACUUCCUGUUUUGGUAUCAAGAACGAUGAUAUCGAUGUCAACCUGCUAUUCUAA